AUGUCUUCGACAGCGGAAACCGUGCCCAAACCCCGGCCUCGUCCAGAGUAUAUUACCGGAGGAUGUCUCUGCGGUUCCGUCAGAUAUAAAGUCAAAUUUGGGGAGGGAACGCCUUGGCCUCCAAGGAUGAUUCUAUCAUGCCAAUGCACGCAAUGCCGCAAAGCCACCGGCGCACUCGUCGCACACAUUAUUUCCUUUUAUGACAGUCAGAUCGAAUGGACCGCCAACAGCGAAUCCUCCCAUUACAUGCGGACGACGACCUUUCCCACUCAUCCGCGGCGACCUGGGCAAAAGCCAAGCGCCGCUGUUGGCGAGAGGAGCGAGCACAUGCAUGCCGAGCCUGUGAAGAAACAGCUAGAUACGUCUGAGGUGACAGACAUCCACAAGACUCCCGGUGCACCACCAACCCUCUCAUCAUCAUCAUCAACAACCUCAGGAGCAGCCAACGGCGACGCCAAAAAGGGAGUACUGCCUGCUCGAGACCAAUUCGAGGACGAAGUACAAGAAGACGAGCGAGAUUUCCCGCAAUUCAUUGACGCUUUUACCGAUCAAGAGACGCAUAUCCAUGCCAACGAGAGCGCGCUGAAAGAGUUUCGUUCCUCGUCCGGCGUGUCCCGGACUUUUUGCGCCCAGUGCGGCUCGACUCUGACCUGGCGCAAGGACGAGCAGGAGAAUAUUGAUUCCGAGAGUGGAGAGAACAGGGACUACGGCAACAAAGCAUACAACCUCGACGGCCGCAAACUCGCGCCCGAGACUGAAAUCAUGGCCGGCUCCAUCGACCGCGAAUGCCUCGUCGGGUUCAUCGACGAAGAAACCGGCCAGGGCAGCGGCAAACGCCACGACCCAGAGCGCAAAGGCCUGGGCAUCAAACUCGGCCAGGAACUCUGCCGACCCGUCAACGGCAACGACUGGUUCCGCUAUGCGAUCCCGGGCAUCACCGACCGCGUCGUUGCGGGCAAAGUCAAUAUGGGGUUCCAUGAGGAGGAUUGA